AUGAAAUUAUUUCAAUUAUUACUAUUGGUUUUAACCAUUUCAUCAUUUAUCAUUUCAAAUAAUGGCCUUGUUGAAUCACACCAAGGAAGAAUGCACAGAGGUAGUGGCGAACGUCAUCAUCGUGCUGGUGGAAAUCAACAACAACCACAACCACCAUCAGAACAACAAGUAGAAAGUUCAUACAAUAGUAAUGAUGAUGGUUCAUCAAAUAGUUGGUGGUCAGCAACUAGUUGGUAUGGAGCAGGCACAACCAGUUGGUAUUCAGGAGGUACAACCAGUAACCCAGUAGGCACAACUACUUGGUAUUCAGGAGGCACAACCAGUAACCCAGUAGGCACAACUAGUUGGUAUUCAGGUGGUUUUGGUACGUACGAUAGUGAUUCAUCAUCAUUCUCAUAUGAAAACUCUUCAAAUGAAACCAUCGUAAUUUAUAUCAAUCCAGUAACUUUGGUUUUUACAUUGGUCUUAUUACUUACUUUUAUCGUUCUCACAAUUACCCAAUCAUUAAGAAAAUAUUAA